AUGAACCUAUUAGACACAAAUUUAGCUAUUAUCAGAAGUAAUGAUCAAGAAAGAAAAGAAAUUCAGUAUGAAGAUCGACAAAGACAUGAUAUAAAUGAUAUUGUUUUUGAUAAUAUGGUGAAUCUAAUUGGUAAAGUAGCUGAGGAACAUCUUGCUUGGAGUGGAGACGAAAAACCUAGUGAAUGUACCAAAUGUGAUAAUUGUCAAUAUCAUAUUAAAGAUAAACCAACUAUUAGAAAUAUAACACCUGAUAUUGAAGAACUAUUACAUGUCAUAGAGAUCUUAACAACAACUUAUGAUCGCCAAAUCAUACCUGCUGAUGUUAUAGGAGUAUUUAAAAAGUCAAAUACGGCUAGAAUAAGAAAAUUUAGAUAUCAACAGUUAGAAGAAUUUUAUGAUCAACAAGAUAUUAAAAAAUCAAGCAAGCUAAAGCUACUAAGUACCGCCGAGCUUGCAGAAUUUGCACUCCAAGACUUGGUUAGAAGAGGCUUAGUUUUGCAAGAUAUUAUAUUAUCAAGACCACAUGAAACAGGGUAUAUGUCAUGCACUUUAGUUAUUGAAGGGCUUUCAGACAGUGCCAAAGAAAUAGUAAAAGCGCAAGAAUGGAA